ACCCCAAGUAAAAUCCUUAGUGCCCUUUCCCCUCUUUCGUACAGGAGAUUGUCAGAUCCCUUCCCUAUAAAGGAUAGUACAGAUGGGAAACUGAGGCACAAUUUAAGGGUUCAGAUGUCAACUUGCUCCAUGAUUCUCUGCAGCUUUGGAGGUCCUAUGAGUUCCCGCCAUCACCUCCAUUCUUCCCAGUCUUGUAAGGAGGCUCCAGGAGGAGUUUGGGAGGAGUGGCUGUGAGAGGAGGAGCAGCUGGGACUGAGUCAUGGCAGGAAACAGGAGGGCGGGAGAUAGAUAUAAAGAGAGACAGCAGGCCUUGAAGUUCACAGCAGCAGUGGCAGCAGCCAGAGGAGCAGGCUUGCAGCAGUGUCCAGCCCUUCAAGUCCAGACGUGCCUGGGACUACCAGCUUCUGGGUGGCCAGUGCCCAGUUCUUGCCCCAGGAUGGGGACCAUGUCCAGAGCAGCCUUGGUCUUGGCCUGCUUGGCUCUUGCUUCUGCUGCCUCUGAGGGAGCCUUCAAGGCUUCAGGGCAGAGAGAGAUGAAGCCAGAGCCCCUCUUCCAGCACUUUCAUGAAGUAGGCUACGCAGCGCCCCCUGCCCCGCCGCAAGCCCAGAGACUCCGCACAGACCACUCGGAAGCCUCUUUGCAUGACCCUCCCCUCUUUGAGGAGCAAAGGGAAGUGCAGCCCCCUCUGGCUCCAGAAGACAGCCCUGUCUACAAGGAAGAGUGGCCGGCUUUCCCAAGCCCUACUGAAGACAAAGUGGGCUAUCCCGUCCCUCAAGAAGCCAUCCCCCUGCAGGAGCAGCAGCCCGCCCGCCAGGUCCCUAUUGAACAGAAGGAAAUAGGCCCUCCUGUCCAACAUCAGGAAGAGACCGUCCAGGCCAGCCAGAAGGAGGAGCCGCCAGCUGCCCUGGGUGCCCAGCGCCCCCCGCAGCCCCGGAGUCCGCCCCCGCAGUGCCAGCAGGGCCGGAGGGGAGUCUGGGGCCACCGGCUGGACGGCUUCCCUCCUGGACGGCCUUCUCGGGACAACCUGGCCCAGAUCUGCCUCCCCGAGCGGCGGCACGUGGUGUACGGCCCCUGGAACCUGCCGCAGACCGGCUACUCGCACCUCAGUCGCCAGGGAGAGACCCUCAACUUGCUGGAGACCGGCUACUCCCGCUGCUGCCGCUGCCGCAGCUCCACAAACCGCCUGGACUGCGCCAGGCUCGUGUGGGAGGACGCGAUGACCCGGUUCUGUGAGGCCGAGUUCUCCGUCAAGACCCGACCCCACUGGUGCUGCAAACAGCGUGGGGAGGAGCGCUUCUCUUGCUUCCAGAAGGAGGCUCCUGGCCCCCACUACCCGCCGCGGCCGUGCCCCGGCCUCCAGACUGGCAUGUCCUCGGGGCCCCAGCUGGCCUUCCCCCCGGGGCUGCCCACACCGGACAAUGUCAAAAACAUCUGCCUCCUGAGACGCCUCCGCUCCGUGCCACGCCACCUCCCGGCCACCGACCCCGUCCUGAGGCAGCUGCAGGCCCUCACCCGGCUGGAGACGGCCUUCCAGCCUUGCUGUCGCCAGGGCCACAACCACACCUGCGCACUGAAGGCCGUAAGUGGCGUCCCGGCCGCCCGGAGCCCACCCGCCCGCCCAGCUCCAACUGCUGACUCUACAGCGGUCCGUCCUCCGUCCGUCCUCCCGCGGUGGGAGGAUACCCUGGAUGGAUACUGCGAUCGGGAGCUGGCUAUCAAGACCCACCCCCACCCGUGCUGCCACUACCCUCCUAGCCCUUCCCGGGAUGAGUGCUUUGCAGGCCUAGCUCCCUAUCCCAACUAUGACCGGGAUGUCUUGACCCUUGACCUCAGUCGAGUCACCCCCAACCUCAUGGGCCAUCUCUGUGGAAAUGGAAGAGUUCUCACCAAGCAUAAACAGAUCCCCGGGCUGAUCCGGAACAUGACUGUCCGCUGCUGUGAGCUGCCGUUUCCCGAGCAGGCCUGCUGUGGUGAAGAGGAGAAACUGGCCUUCAUUGAGGAUCUCUGCGGCCCCCGGAAGAACUCCUGGAAAGACCCUGCCUUCUGCUGUAUUCUGUCUCCUGGGGAUGAGCAAGCCAACUGCUUCAACACCAACUACCUAAGGAAUGUGGCUUUAGUGCCUGGAGACACUGAGGAUGCCACAGGCCAGGGCCAGGGGGAGCGGGGCCCAACUCAGGGAACAAAUGUCAGCCCCAGCCCCAGAUCCAAGAAGAGUGAGUCACUGGGAGCCUUCAGAGCCUCGGAGGAUUAGAUGGGGGCCCCACCCUCCUCCACCCUCCUUGCACACUCAUUAACAAUAAAUGCCUCUUGGAUUUGGCA